GUGAAGUUUUUCUGGUCAGACCAUCGAUAAUAUCACGAUUUCGCAAACAAAUGGACUACGGAGACAAGCUGAAUUGUCACUUGAUGAUUUCUCCCAAAUUACACAGUAUUUGCAGAGAGAGAAGUAUUGAUAUUGAUCUAUUAUGAAGGUGUUGCUGAAUAGUGAAUAUUCUCGAGCCGAAAGCAUAGCAUACUACUACAAAGGAUGUGUUCGUAGGCAAAUAACUUCACCCUCUCCACCCUUGUCCGAUCAUUUAGUUAUCAGUGUUAUAAUUCAUUAAGCUUCAAUUGUUUGGCUAAUUUUCAUUCAAAAUUCCAACGGUAUACUUGUUGAAUUGUGUACCAACUCGAGAUAAUCAAGUCGAUACAAUGCUAUUAAUGAUGAAAAUAAACAUAAUAUUUGUUUGAAUAUUGAGGCUAAUUAAAUUACAAAAUUGGAAGUUAUCGGGAGUGUAAUAAUUAAAUUGACUCGUUCGGUAAAUUAAUUAUUCCAUUUGCCAAGGUACUCGACCUAUUCAAUAGGUCUUUUCAAUUGACUGGGUUUGGAUUAUCAGAGACAAAAUUCAAAACAUAAUGGUAAUUAAGUAUGUUUUAAAUUCUAAACAUAAUAAUACUGUAGUAUGUAGAAAAUGCACAGUAAUUAUUGUGCAUUAAACUAAUUAUCUCUGUCUGAAUCUAAUUAAUAAAAAAUGACAAGACAGCAAACGCCAAAAUUUAAUGAUUCUUUUUAACAAUUUUACACAUCACCAGGAUCUUCAGUAUCCAUGUCUCCAUCAUUAGGUUACUCUUUUACUAAAACAAAAAUCUACCACCACGUAAAUGUCAAACGACAAAUAAUUUUGUGCAAGAAAAAAUAUACCAUAUACUGAAAACGUCAGUCUUAAAAAAGGGCCAAUUCCUUUGCAUGCCCAACGAACUAAUAAGCAUGCUGAUAGGCACUACUAUAUUUUACAUGAUUGACUAGAGGAAAUUAGAGAUUCCUUUUAGUUAUAGAUUCUCCAUUUUCUAUCGUUCCACUUUUUAUUUAUUUUAUGUUUCGACGAAAAUCAGUUAAAGGUGGUAAAUCUCAAUCCAUAUGAAUACCUAAUAAAUUUUCUGAAGGCGCAGUUUAAUCGGGCACAUACUUUAUGUCGGUGCUGCCCAUCAAGAUAUCUUUUCACUUGAACACGGAAUUAACCAAUCAACUCUUUGGGGUUGGCAUUAAAAAAGGGUAAGAUUGUUGGUAGUCUUCCAUGCGUAGGGACAUAAUUCGAGUAUCGUAUAUUUGUUACAUGCCGUGCUGUACGGUUCUAAAAUUUCGGUCAAUGUUCUCCCGAUUCUAAAGUUGUAAGCUCACUUCAUUUGUUUGGUAAGCUGCUGUUUUCCCCCCACUUACUCCAAAACAAGUCCUUCUUUAGAUCGUAACAAACACCUUCCAAAAUUUCACGCUUUUGUCGAUAAUUCAGUUCUAUUGCAUGCCUCUUGACACGCACAACAAACUUCGUUUUCCACGUAACUAAACUAUCAUUCUCUCACAAGUUAAAACUGAAUGAUACCUCAGCACGAAAGAUUUUACCGUACAUUGUUCAUUAAUACUACACACUGCUUAGCAAGUCGCAAUCCAAAGUACUAUAGAACUAUCUUCUUUUCCUUUCUUUUAAAAUAAAAUUGCCUAUGCCCCCUCCUCUAAUUGGGAAAAUGUCAUAAUCAAAAGAAGAGUCAAAACGAUCAACAACAUCAAAUCUCAAUCAAACUACGAGGGGCAGUUUGGUAAACAACAUCCUAGAAAAAGUGAAGACAAUAUUUUUUAAGAACACAAGUCAAAAUUCGCCAUAACCCCAAAGAUCUUCCACAUUAAAACGGUAAAAAAAAGUCAUCAAAAGAUCCGCUAAAACGCAACUAGAAUAAUAAUUUUCAAUAAUAAAAACAUAAGUUAAUUAAUAUCAUUUCCGUCGUCAUUUUUCUUACAUCACGCCCCAGGGGCAAAUCUGAGAUUCCACAGUUCCUUUAUAAGGAUCUCUCAUUCUCUCUCCCCGUCCCACCGUCCUUUCCUUUUUAUUUUCUCUCCCUCUCCCUUCAUUUUCAUUUCUCCCCUUCUCUGCUUGAAACGACGAGAAGGAAUACUAAAAAAAAAAAAAAAAAAAAAAAAAUUAAAUCGAACCCCUCUCUCUUUCAGACCUUUUCUCGAACAGGUCAUCUGCAAGGCAAAGCCCGGUGGGGAGAGUGAAGGAGUUUUUCCCGGCGGCGAUUUGUUCUGUUUUCUCCUUCCACCCGGGAAAAGGUCUGGAAUUCGCGUACGGGCUGGUGUUGGGAGCGCGGCCGGGUUUGCUGCUGGUGGCUUCUGCUCAUUGGUGUGCUGGGCUCUGGAUGGGUAUUGGAUACAGAGAGAGGAGUCGGUUGCCGGGAUUUGCUCCUUUCCGCGAUGUGACGGCCGUCUUGCUCUGAGAUUGGGGGGGAGGAGGUUUCGAUUUCCGUUGAGAAGAUGGGGAGGUUGGCGGUGGGAGUAGCGGUGGGGGUGGCGGUGGCGACUUGUGCGGUGGCCGGUGUGGUGGUCGGGAGGAGAUUAAGGAGCCGGAGGAAAUGGAGGAGAGUGGUGGGAGUGUUGAGGGAGUUGGAAGAUUCGUGCGAGACUCCGGUGGGGAGGCUGAAGCAGGUGGUGGAUGCUAUGGCUGUGGAGAUGCAUGCUGGAUUGGCUUCCGAAGGAGGGUCCAAGCUGAAAAUGUUGCUCACAUUCGUUGACCGUUUGCCUACUGGGAGUGAGAUAGGAACUUAUUAUGCUCUAGAUCUUGGCGGUACUAAUUUUAGGGUAUUGCGGGUUCAGCUAGGAGGUACAAGGUCCUCAAUCUUGUCGAAAGAUGUAAAAAGGCAACGUAUUCCUGAGCACUUGAUGACCAGCACAAGUGAGGACCUCUUUGAUUUCAUUACAUCAAAACUGAAACAGUUUGUUGAACAAGAAGAAACUGUGUCUGAAGCUGCUCAAUCUAGAACCAGGGAGCUAGGGUUUACAUUCUCUUUUCCAGUCAAACAGAUUUCUAUCCGUUCUGGCUUCCUGAUACGGUGGAACAAAGGGUUUGCUAUUGAAGAUAUGAUUGGAUGCGAAAUUGUUGAACGUUUACAAGGAGCAUUGAUGAAGAAAGGUUUAGAUAUGUGGGCGACUGUAUUGGUGAAUGAUACUGUUGGAAUAUUAGCCCUUGGACACUAUUAUGAUGCCGAUACUGUUGCUGCUGUUAAAAUUGGAACCGGCACUAAUGCCUGUUACAUGGAGAGGGCAGACGCAAUCAUCAAAUGCCAAGGACUCCUCACAUCUUCCGGAGGAAUGGUGGUCAACAUGGAAUGGGGAAAUUUCUGGUCAUCUCAUUUGCCGAGAACAACUUACGAUAUUGACAUGGAUUUGGAAAGCCCCAAUCCAAAUGACCAGGGUUUCGAGAAAAUGAUAUCUGGAAUGUAUCUCGGGGACAUCGUCAGAAGAGUAAUCCUCAGAAUGUGCGAGGAGUCCGAUAUCUUUGGACCCGUCUCAUCCAAGUUGUUGACACCUUUCGUGCUGGAAAUGCCUCUAAUGGCGGCAAUGCAUGAAGAUGAGUCUCCCGACUUGAAGGAAGUGGCUGCCAUCUUACGAGAAACGCUGGAGAUCCAAGACGUUCCUCUAAAGGCACGGAGGCUCGUCGUCAAAGUAUGCGACGUGGUGACAAGGAGAGCUGCACGUUUGGCAGCCGCCGGAAUCGUGGGGAUACUAAAGAAAAUUGGCCGGGACGGAACAGGAGGGAUAACAGGCAGCAGAAGCAAAAGCGACGCGAAGAUGAGAAGAACGGUAGUAGCCGUGGAAGGAAGCCUGUACACGAGCUACAUGAUGUUCAGAGAGUACUUGCACGAGGCGUUGAACGAAAUACUGGGCGAAGAUGUCGCGCAGCACGUCGUCCUCAGAACGACGGAGGAUGGAUCGUGCGUCGGGGCAGCUCUCCUCGCAGCGCUACAUUCUUCGUCUUCUUCGUCAUCAUCGUCGGAUGGCCUGCAUCGUCGACAAUAGUGUGGAUAGCGUGGGUAAGGGUACAGUUGCUAUAAAUAUAUAUAUCAUUCAUAUAUUUAUACGUAUAGCAAUCAAUCAGCCAGUCAGCCAGUCAGUCAGGGUAUAGGUGCCUUUCCUCCCCUUGUAAAUGUAGAAAAUUCUUUUGGGAAUUAUCUUUUGGUGGGUUAUAUAAAUAUAAGAAGAUGAAGAAGAAGAAGAAAAAGGUUCGUCUCCAGAAACUGUGUUUGUUUGUUUGUUUGUUUGUUUGUUUGUUGUCUCUCAGUUCUCCAUCCCUCCAUUCUCAGCUUCUGUAAAAUUUGGUAAUGGCACUGUGUGGUAAAAGUUAAAAAAAAAAAACAUUUACAUUGAUCUUCUGCUUCAUUAGAGUUCGAGUCUGCAUGGCCCCACCCCGUCAGAUGCAAGCGAAGUCGUUAUUUAUCGAAUCUUCGCACCAGCCGCAGCAGUAGCCAACUGAUGCCCCGAGUUAGGCCGGUUCGAUCGCAGACUGACAUAGGACUCGCUCGAUGUGACUAGUACGCAAAAUCAGGUUAGUGUUUGUACAUGUUGAUAUCGUCGUCUCAAAUCAUACGACUCGUUUAUCAAUCGUCCAAUGCAUAGUGUGAAGUUUUUCGUAGAUAAGAUAACACACACGCAACCCCAUCAAAACGAGAAAACACGGUUCGAUCAUGUGGUGCCUGCGGGUCUCUUCUUCUUGUCACAUCCUGCCUAGUUGACUCAUGGUCGUCGUGGAGAAUGGGAUUCCGAUCAUACCACCUUUCUAUCUUGGCCUUUUUGUCGUUGUGGGCUGACUUGUGAUUGGCAACGUUUCGGCAAUCGCCACUAGAAAGUGCCGUCCGCUAAUAGAACCGUUGGUGGAAUGCAAUGUGACGUCCAAUCUUCGCUCCGUCCAAAACCAAAAUGGGUAAUCCUACAAGUGCUUCUCUCUUAUAAUACUAUUUGCAGCCGGCCUUCAGUAUUUGUUUAGUUGUUCCAUAUCGGAGCAAUAUUCUUUGGUGACGAAGUCAGGAAUUUGAAUGUGUAGGCUGAUUUGACGGUGAUAAUUGGGGGGGAAGGAGGCUAUAACUUUAUCGACUACUCUAUUUCUUUAAUUUGUUACUAAUUCUACAUCUAGUUUAGGUAUAUAUAUAUAUAUCAAAUUUAAGGGGCGUUAUACCCUCUCCCGACUUCAGCCUAACUCCUCCAUUGUGUAACACGUUAGUUUACACGGUUAGAGUCGGAUAUUCAGCCAACCCUUUGCAAAGAGGUGUUAUGACAAUAAUAUUCCAUUAUGAUCAAUAAUUAUUUGUUCAUAAAGAUGACAAAUGGAUUGGAUUUAUGGAUUGGUGGAUUCGAUCAUGGAUCCAGAUGGCAUAUAAACAUUGGAUUAAUAUGUACAUUUUUCAAAUAGUGUGGGUACUAAAAUGGCACGAAUAAAAAUCUAGGUACCAAAAAAAUAAUUUUUAAAUGAUAUU